CAUAGGACAAAGGAGGGAAACUGUGGUUCCUGUGGCUAUGAGCAGAAAUAGGUCUGCCAUUGCGAGUUGCUUCGUAACUGACUCGCUGAGUCUGGAAAUGGCGCGAUUUUUUAAAUCCUACUUAAAAUAUUUUCAAACUUGCAUCUUCUAUGUCUGAAAAAAACCAAUAGUUGAUUGCCGAAGUAGAGAAAAACCCUUGAGGAUAUGGAGCUUUUGCUGCAAUCUCUUCGUCUUCGUUUAUUUGGAAGAACUCGUUUCUUCUCUCUUGUUCCCUAUUUUCCUCAGAAAGGAAGAAGAGGCACAGUCACUUGCAUCCGGAUGAACAUCAAACGUCUUUGUUCUCUAGUGGAAGUUUCAGAUUUUGACUGUGAUGAACUCCAUGACGACAGUAAAGCAACCGAGAAAGAUACUGCACUACGUUUAGCUCUAUCACAGCUUUCUGGUGAGUUUAGUAGAGAGUCAAUGUUGUCAUUGCAACGGUUCUUCAGAUCACGGCGUGCUCCAGUAAUAUCUACAGGCUCAUCAAAGCUUGAUUUAGCUCUUGGGAUUGGGGGAUUACCCAAGGGAAGAUUUGUUGAAAUUUAUGGGCAAGAAGCAUCUGGAAAGACGACACUGGCACUUCAAAUAAUCAAAGAAGCUCAAAAGCUUGGAGGUGAAUUUCAAUUCUGUGUUUUAACAAAUAGCUGGAACUGUGAAAAAUUUUGGGGCACUAACUUUGUUUGUCUUCCUCAUACUAAUAAAAUCACUGCCCUUCCUCCCCUCUCCAGUCCAUAUAAUAUGUUUACUGAUAUGAAUAUAGUUUUUAAAUCUUCAUUGUUAAACAGUGCCUUCAAUAUUUGGCUUCGACAGGUUGCUGCCCUUAUUCCCCAAUGUGAACUUGAUCUUCCGGUAGGUGGCAGUGUUAAAGAUGUACAGCCACGAAUGAUGACACAAGCACUUCGAAAAAUUCAUUACGCGCUGUGCCAUUCUCAGACUCUUAUAAUUUUUCUUAAUCAGACCAGAUUAAAUGUAAAGCCAGGUAAACAUUUUGGACAUAUGGAAGAGGUCACAUGUGGUGGAAAUGCAUUGAAAUUCUAUGCGGCUGUACGCUUGAGAAUGUUACGUACUGGAUUGCUCAAGAUGGGGGAUAAGAUAACCGGUCUCAGCGUUUGCAUACAAGUGGUGAAAAAUAAGUUGGCGCCAGCAAUGAAGAAAGCAGAGCUAGAACUACAGUAUGGUAGGGGUUUUUGCCGUGCGUCUGAGGUACUGGAAUUGGCCUGUGAACAUGGAAUCAUCCUUGAGGAAGGAAGCAGCUAUUUCAUAGAAGGGGAGGUGUUCGGUGAUAGGCAAGCAGCCAAGCAGUAUCUAAUGGAAAAUGAUGAGGUUCUUGACAAGAUAAUCACGGUCUUGAGGAACAAAUUAUUUGGAACAUUGUUAUAGUUGGAGGAAGAUUUUCGAGAACAUCAGAUUCUGCCAAAAAGCUUAAUUGGACAAUGACCUGGUCGAAGCAAGCCAUGUAAUUACAUACCCGAACUGCAGCCAUUUACCUGGGUUUCACUGGCACGAGGAAGUCAAGAAUUUGUCAGUUACACCCCAGAUUGUGGCUAUUUAUCUGGGUUUCACUGACUAGAAGAAUUCAAGAAUUUCAAGAUUGUUAUCCAGCAGGAUACUAUAUAUAUAUAUAUAUACAUUUCCAACUGGGUUGUAUACCUUUUUACUUGGUUCAGAAGAACCAGAUCAGAUGCCCAUCAGGUAUGUAAAAACAAGGAUGGAACUUAUUCUGAAGAUGUUUAGGUAUAAGACUCCGCACUCUAAUAUAUUGUGUAGAUGUGACUUGUUCCUAUGGCAA